AUUCAUUACCAAUCGACAAGACAUUGUCAUCACCGCCAUUCAUUUUAGUUGACUGUACAUCGAAUGACACAAAUUCGAUUAAAUAGAAAAUAAUUUAAUGGAUUACAAUAGUUCAGAAUGGAAACCGAUAUCGUUCGUCUUAGUAGAGUAUCCUAAGGGUGAUUUAUUUGGAAAACUAUUGGCAUGGAUCAGCCUGGCACCGUUGGGUCUAGGUGCUGGAUUUAUUGCUCUAAUUUUAUUUCGACGUGAUUUGCAUACGAUUAUAUUCUUCCUUGGGACAAUUCUGAAUGAAAUAUUCAACAAAAUACUCAAAAACUGGAUCCAAGAACCUCGGCCAAUUGAGCGACUCAAUCUAUCCGAUCAAUAUGGAAUGCCGUCAUCACAUUCGCAAUUUAUUUGGUUCUUCUCCACCUAUUCGACGCUGUUCAUUUUAUUCAGAUUACAUCACAUAAACAACAAUGCAUUACCAUUCGAACGAGCUGGAAGAAUUUUGGUUCUAGUCACGUGUUGGACAAUGACAACUUUAGUAUGCAUAAGUCGUGUCUACUUACUCUAUCACACCAUUGGACAGGUGAUUGUCGGUGCAAUACUGGGCAUAUUAACGGGAACUUCCUACUUUAUGUUCGUUCAUAUUGUGCUGACACCUUUCUUACCUUACGUUGUUUCAUGGAAAAUUUCGGAGUAUCUGCUGCUGCGUGACACAACACUGAUCCCAAACAUUUUGUGGUUCGAAUACACGAACACAAGACAGGAGGCGCGGGCGAGAUCGCGAAAGUUAAUUAGCAUGAAGAGUCAAUGACAUCGAUGGUCUUAUUAGAGUACACACACAGAGUUUUCGUUAACGGUACGUUAUUUAUGUUAGGGAAAAAUGCUAAAAAUGUUUUUACAAUUUAAUAUUUUUGUAUUUGCGCCAUUUAUUCUUGAAACAUUAGGAGUAUUAAGAGUGAAUUUGUAUAAAAACUUACAAAAAACAAAAAAUAAGAUUUAAUCAAGUGGUGGAAAUAACGAAUCAUGGUCAUGAAUUAAAGUUCUUCCGAAACAAAAA